UUUGCAGGUUGUUGAUUGAGCUUUCAGAAGGAUCAGUAGAUGGUUACUUUCUAGUCCAGUUCCCUGUGCAGUAGAAUUUUGGAAAUGAGUUUGAUUUCACGACUGAGGCAUCAUUUGCCUUGUGCACUCUUGAGACAAUCUGUUCAAUCCAAUGUGGUUAACUCCCAUUUUGUUACCUCAACUGUCUUUACUCGACACUUUGGUCAGCCUGCUAGGAAAGAGGAAGAAGAGGAGGAAGAAGUAGAGAUUGACCAGAGAAAGCUUCCAGCUGAUUAUGAUCCUGCAAAUUUUGAUCCUACGGAGCAUCGCAGUCCUCCAUCGGAUAGGGUAUGGAAGCUUGUGGAUGAAGUUUCGGGACUUACCUUGGUUGAAGUUUCAGAACUGUCUUCCAUUCUUAUGAAGAAGUUGGGUAUGACCGAGCAACCAAUGGUUGGGGUUAUGAAGGCAGGGGCAGCUGGAUUGGCAGCAGCAGCUAUGAAGGGACCAGAAGCAGCUAAGGAGGAAAAGAAACCAGAGAAAACUGUUUUUGAACUUAAACUGGAGUCAUAUGAGCCUGCUCAAAAGAUAAAGAUAAUCAAAGAAGUCCGAAGUUUUACUGAUUUGGGACUCAAGGAAGCAAAGGACUUAGUUGAGAAAACUCCAGCUGUUUUCAAGAAGGGAGUGCCAAAGGAAGAAGCAGAACAAAUAAUUGAGAAAAUGAAAGCUGUUGGAGCAAAAGUUGUUAUGGAAUGACCAUGAACAAAAUAUCUUCUCUGAAAUCAGGUUCAUCCAAAAGUAUUUUGGAACUAGAUUAUGCUUCAUUCAGCUAUGCAGUUUUGUAGUCUACUUUUCAUUCCUUUUCCAAAACCACUCGGUGUGGCUCACGAAUAAGUUUGUCCAUC